AUGGGACGCCCCCUCUUGAAGGACAUGAGGAUAAUUACCUCCAUUUAUCAUCUUACUUUGAAGUUCCCCACUCCUGGAGGAGUUGGUUGUGUGAAGGGAUCCCAAUAUGAAUCUCGCGAUUGCUAUGGCCGGUCACUCAAAAAUUUUCGAGACAGAAGGGGAGUGCCGCCCCAGGAGGAACUUCACUCGGUCCAUGCUCUCUACCUCGUUCAGUAUCCAGAAAGCGACGAUGAAGACGCGCCCAGCCCCCCACCACUCGGAGGACGCGUCCCUCACAAGGGCGAGCCCACUCUUGUCGAUGAAUCAACGUCUGAAGAAUGUGAAGAAUUGGUUAUCGAAGUGGAAGAGGCACCCCCGAAGAAAGUCAGAAGGAUGGAUCAACAGGAAGUCGUCAUGGAAUUAGAGGAGCCCUCUCCUCCCAAAGAAGUUUCUAAGGGCGCGCCCUCAGAACCGAAGGAAACCCCGCACCAAUUCGACUUCGACUUAGACCCAAGGUUACCAAUGCAAGUGCAAAACACGGGGUCAGCCGAGGAUACGGUCGACGUGCAAGUUACACAGGGGAGUGAUGGCAAGAUCCUGAAGAUAGGAUCCAAACUAGGUCCAGAGGUAAGGAGCAAGCUGAUAGAAUUCCUUACAAAUAGCCUCGACGUAUUUGCUUGGAGCCACGAGGAUAUGGUGGGGAUAGACCCGGCAGUUAUGUGCCAUCACCUGAAUGUCGACCCCUCUAAAAAAGGUGCUAGACAAAAGAGAAGACCCAUCAGCGGAGAAAGAGCCGAGGCCCUGCAGGAGGAAGUCGAUCGCCUCUUGAAAGCAGGAUUGGUAAAGGAGUCGUUCUACCCGAAAUGGCUAGCAAACCCCGUACUUGUUAAGAAACCCAACGGAAAGUGGCGCACGUGCAUAGACUUCACGGAUCUCAACAAGGCGUGUCCGAAAGACAGUUUCCCGCUCCCUCGCAUUGACCAACUGGUAGAUUCAACGGCAGGACACGCCCUCCUCAGCUUUAUGGAUGCCUACUCAGGGUACAAUCAGAUUCCCAUGUACGAACCCGACCAGGAGCACACCUCCUUCAUCACCGACAGGGGUCUAUACUGCUACAUCGGCAUGCCCUUUGGGCUCAUCAACGCAGGGGCAACUUAUCAGAGGUUGGUAAACAUGAUGUUCAAAGAUCAGAUUGGGAAGACAAUGGAAGUGUAUGUAGACGACAUGUUGGUUAAAUCAAAAAGGGACGCUGACCACGUUGCCCACCUGUCAGAGAUGUUCGAAAUCCUAAGGAAAUACAGAAUGAAACUCAACCCGCAGAAAUGUGUGUUCGGAGUAGAGUCGGGAAAGUUCCUUGGUUUUAUGGUUAACCACAGAGGCAUAGAGACCAACCCAGCAAAGAUCAAGGCGUUACUAGACAUGAAGUCCCCAGCCAACAUUAAGCAAGUGCAGAGUCUGACAGGAAGGAUAGCCGCAUUAAAUAGGUUUGUGUCAAAAUCCUCGGAAAAAUGCAAGGAGUUUUUCAAGGCCAUCAAAGGCGCAUCCAAAGAUUUCGAAUGGACGGAGGAGUGCGAGGACGCCUUCAUAAAAAUUAAGAAACAUUUGGGCGAGCCACCCCUCUUAGCCAAACCUCAGGAAGGAGAGACGCUUGUCCUUUACUUAGCCGUUUCAGACUACUCCAUAAGUGCUGUAUUGGUGAAAGAAGAUGAGGAGGGGCAGUCCCCAAUCUACUACGUAAGCAAGCGGUUGCUGGAUGCAGAGACUCGCUACACGAGUAUAGAGAAGCUGGUAUAUGCCUUGGUACAUGCAACUAGGAAGCUACGACCAUACUUCCAGGCUCAUAAAGUGGAGGUUAGGACGGCAUACCCCCUCCGACAAAUCAUGCAUAAACCAGAAGUAACCGGUAGGAUGAUGAAGUGGGCGGUCGAGUUGGGGCAAUUUGACCUAGACUACAAACCAAGGAUCGCCAUCAAAGGACAGGCCCUAGCAGAUUUUAUCUUGGAAUUCCCUGAAGAUGGAGAGGAGUCUGGUCUCCUGAUCAAAUAUGAUCCCAACCUACCACCACAGCAGGCAUGCCCCGAGGAAAGCAUACCCGAACUUUGGUGGAUAUUGCAUAUAGAUGGAGCAGUAAAUAAUGAAGGAGCGGGAGCUGGGAUAGUGCUCGUCGAUUCCAUGCUGGUGGUCGAGCAUAUCAGAGGAGGAUACCAAGCAAAAGGACCUAAAACGGCGAUAUAUCUCAGAUGUGUUCAAGGAUUGCUAGAUCGGUUUGAAGAGGUGCAAGUAAACAGGGUACCUAGAGAGUUCAACGGAGAUGCCGACGCUCUCGCGAAGUUAGCAUCUCAGAAAGAUCCGGCCCUAUUGGGAGUCAUCCGCCUAGAGAUACAGCAGGUACCUAACAUCCUCGAGCUCGUGGUAACAGAAAUACGAGACAAGAGUGGAAAUUUAACAUGGAUGACCCCAAUCUGGAAAUACAUCAAGGAGGGUACGCUGCCCGAAGAUAAAGCUGAAGCCCGAAAGUUAAAAUACAAGGCUGCCAGAUAUGUGGAAUAUGAUGGGAAGUUGUAUAAAAGAGGCUUCAAUCAGCCCCUUCUCAAAUGCAUAGACGGGGAGGAGUGCACUUAUGUGAUGAGGGAGGUCCACGAAGGCAUAUGUGGGAACCACUCGGGAGGUAACUCAUUGGCCAUGAAGAUUUUGAGGCAGGGGUACUACUGGCCAACCUUGAGGAGUGAUGCUUUCAAUUUCGCCAGAGCAUGUGACAAAUGCCAACGAUUCGCCAACUUCACCAACAGCCCAGCCACGUCCCUCACCACUAUGACUAGUCCUUGGCCUUUUGCUAUGUGGGGGAUAGACCUGAUCGGAGAACUCCCUAAGGCCAAGGGAGGAGUGAAGUACGCGGUGGUAGCCGUAGACUACUUCACCAAAUGGGCAGAGGCCGCACCCCUAGCCACCAUCACAGCCAAGAAAAUAACAAAUUUUGUUUUUAACUCUAUUGUUUGCAGGUUUGGAGUCCCCUACAAGCUGAUCACGGAUAACGGAAAGCAGUUCGACAGCAAGGAGUUAAGAGGCCUAUGUGACAACCUUGGCAUCAAGAAAGAUUUCGCGGCGGUGUACCACCCCCAGAGCAAUGGACAGACGGAGGCGGUUAACAAGAUCAUCAAGCAUACUCUGAAGACAAAGUUGGAGGAUAGCAAAGGGAGCUGGCCAAAAGAACUCCCGAUGGUUCUGUGGUCUUAUAACACGACUCCCAGGACAACCACCGGGGAGUCGCCCUUCGUCCUAUCCUACGGAUGUGAGGCCAUGGUCCCAAUCGAGAUUGGAGCAGGAUCAUUCAGGAGAGACUACUUCGACCAACUGGAUAAUGACGCAAGUCAGAGGUUAUACCUAGAUAUGGUUGAAGAGAUCAGAGCUACAUCGCAACUACGUUUGGCCGCGUAUCAACGCAGGACGGCUAGGUAUUACAACAACAAAGUAAAGGCUCACCCCUUCCAAGUUGGGGACCUUGUCCUCAGAAAGGUUGUACUCAACAACAAAAAUCCCCAACAUGGAGUCUUCGGAGCCAACUGGGAAGGCCCUUACAGAGUCAAGGUCAUAUUAUGGAAGGGCACUUACAGAUUAGAAGACAUAGAUGGAAAGCCCGUUCCAAGACCUUGGAACGCGGAGCAUCUAAAGAAGUAUUAUCAGUAG